AAAGCAAAGAGCCUAAAGAUGAUGAAGGGAAGCAAGUCAUACACGGAGUAUUCAUCAUCUUUCUCAACGGAUGAAUUUGGUUAUGAUCAGAACCGCUCAAACUCCUAUAACUUUAAUGGGCCUUGCAUCAACACAGAUCCGGAGAUGAAGAGGAAGAAGAGAGUAGCUUCUUACAAUCUCUUUGCCACGGAAGAAAAGCUCAAGAGUACUCUCAAGAACAGUUUCAAAUGGAUCAAGAACAAGUUCUCAGGGGAUGAUAAUAGUAUCCGGUACAACGUCUAGAUUAGUCCACUUUGAUACUUUAAUCUACAUCUUCUUCGAUCUUUCUUUUUAGUUACACUACGACAAGAUCAUAGUGAAACUUAACAUGUAUAUUAAGUGUGUGAGAUUAUGUAUGUGUGUGUGUCGAUAGAUUUGUACGUUACUCAAAUGGAAAUAUAGAUUUUGUCUAUGUGCCAGAAUUAUAAAAUCCAACUUUUAAUUCUUUC